CUUCUUUCACAAAGUUCAAACAAUGUCUUUCAGCCAUACUAGACUUAAUUCAGCUUCAGAGUUAGUGCAACAGGCGCCCAAGGAGAUAUCUGGCCGCGUCUCUGAUUUGUAUGACGUUGUAAGUCAGGCGAUGGGGAAGGAGAAGGAGAAGGUGGCUCGAAAAAUGUCACAAAUCAAAGAAACUGUUGGGGACGGGGCCAGAGGGGCAGUCAAAAAGAUACCGUGGCAGGUUUCUGAAAAAGGAGGUGACGAACCACUCGUUAAGUUUAGAAUGGCAGCUAGAAAGACCCUCCGCCUCAGACAGCAGAGUAAACUGGACUUGAAUGAACAGAUUCAAAAGAUAAAAGAUGACGAUCUUCUUGGUAUUAGUGAAGAGAAGGAGCAAGAGCCUGAGACAGAACAUGAAGACGAAGCUACCUUAAUGAAGCAGGCACUUACUUGCACUGUUGACACUGAAUUUCAUAAUCUUACCGAUGAAAUUAGAAGAGAUGUUUGCAGCUCAACUCUGAGGCUCUUCCAUGAUGUAGAAUCACUUCACUCCAAGGAUGAGAACAAGCUAAUGCUUGAAUACAUAAGAAAGAUAUUUUCUGGCAUCCCCAAGGAAACUUUUGACUCGCUGAAUAGAGAAGCAAAACAACUAUCAGACAAGGAUAAAGUCCUCACACUGAAAUGCAAAGUCAUAAAAGCCAACAAUUUGCCAGCAAAGGAUUUUGGCGGGACUAGUGAUCCUUACUGUGUUGUUUCCAUUCUUAAUAAAGAGCAUAUUGAUACAAAAUUGGUUCGUUUUGAUAACAUUAAAGAAUGGAAGGAGGAAGGAUUGAUCGCUCAGACUUGGCAGUCCAGCAUAAAAAUGAAAACGCUCAAUCCAGAUUGGAACGAGACAUUUGAAAUGCCCAUCUCUGACCCACAGAGUCAGUAUCUUGCUAUAGAGCUGUGGGAUUCUGAUAAAGAUCAGAAAGGACUAGCAAAGUUCAUCCAUAAAAAAGAUGAUUUCCUUGGACGUGUUUUCUAUUUACUACAACAUGUCCCUGUGAGUGGAGAGGAGAAGACGCUUGAGUUGAAGUCUCAUUCAACAAAGUCCUCAAGAGGAAUGCUGACAAUAUUUAUGGACAUUGUAGGGAAAAAGGUUGACAGAGAGCCAGAGGAAGGUUACCUAAGUCACAAGCAGCUAUUAGAAUGUGUCAUUAGCUAUGAGAGCAAAACUGAGGACGGUCAUUCAACUCAUUGGGUAUCUGAAUUGCCCGAAGAAGCCGAGAAACUAUUAAUACAGCACGCUUCACUCUACCGUAUCUCUCAAUUGCAGCACGCAGCAAUUCGGCUCAAUAUUCUAUUGAACUAUCACAGAGUCCAUGCCAUCGCAAUGCAUUCGUUGAGUAACAUACUUCACACGAUACAGCAUCACGAGUCUGAAGUACUCCCGACCCACAAGAACUCAUCUACCAAAGACUCCACCCCAUUUUGGGUGAAUCAGCUUGUGAAGGAUCUUGAAGAGCUCAGGGUGUACAUUACGGACAUUAUGAAGCGUCACUUGGAUAUAUUUAACAAUUUUAAAUCAGUUGAGAGCAUUUCUCUUCUCAAAGACCACAUCAUAGUAUUGCACGAUUUGUAUCAGAUUAGACUUUUAAAAUCUAAACUGUCGGCAGAACAGCUGGACCUGAGAGCAGUGCUAACUAAUGCUAUUCAGUCUGCUGUGCCUUCUUGGAUGAAUCUUUUAAUUGCCAAUAUGAUGCCUAGUCACAGUUCUUCUGAAGACAAGCUGAUUCUUUUCAAAGGAUUUUGUUCUCACUGUCAAAGGCAGUGCCAGAGAUCACUGGAAAGAGUCCAUCCAGUUUUUAUGGAGGUUGGCGUGGACUAUUUUUCUCCUUUCUUUGUCAGUGUGGAUAAAAUUAUUCACGGUGAGGCAAUGAACUGCUUGGAGAACAGAGGAUCAACUAAGAAUGGCUUGAUGACUUAUGAGAUCUACAAGACCAUACAGGAAAUAGCUGCUUAUUCAAAUAAAAUUGAUCCUGAGUUCUUGAAGAGCCAGCGUGUGGAACUUUCAAUCACCAGUUUCCAAGAUUGGUUUAAAGGCUGCGUACCUGAUUGGGUCGAUGUUGCUCAAACUCGAGUGAAGGAAAGACUGAAGAGAGCCGUUGAAUUGGACACCAUUGUGAAAACUAGUGACAAUGCUCCUUUCUCUUCCUCUGCUGUAGACACUCAUGCUUUCUUUCUUCAAGUUAUCACUUUUUGGAAGCAGCUCAAAUGGCCAGAUAGAGGGCAGUCGCUGGGUUACUUUAUAAAUAUUGUGCAGUGUCUCUGUGAAAUGACAGCCUAUUAUAGUGACAGGAUUGUUGCCAAAACUAAAGAUGAGUCAUAUACUGACAGUGAAGGUCGCUUUGUUGUUACUGAUAAGCUUUGUGUAGCACUUAAUAAUAUUCAUCACGUGAGUCACGUUUUAAUGAACAUCAGAGCCGAAUUGGAUCUUGAGACAUAUUACAAGUGGCUUGACGAAGAGAAGCAGCACGAUGGCCUCCCAUUGAGUCAAAGGGCAGACACUAUUAUAAAUGAUCUACUUGAAAGCGCCAACGAAGACGUCUUGAAUAAGAUUGACAAAGUCAUAACUGUUGUGAAAACUCAGCUGUCACCUUCCGUGUUAGAAUUUAUUCCAAAUAUACUUGAUGCUCCUUCAAGUUCUCCAACUGAUAAAGUUGUGGAGCCAUUGAUAGAGUAUAUUACUGGUAAUGUUGGGAAAUUAGGAGAGUCACUUUUGACACCAUUAUUCCUCAAUAUUCUACGUCACUUGUGGGUUCAGAUUGUCCAGGCUCUUAGGAACACUUACGAUAAGAUACCUCACUCGUCAGCCAAUCCACUUCAUGUUCGAUUGAACCUCGUCCUCCUAGACCUCUCUGAUUUUUUUGAAGCAGACGGGAAAGGGCUGAGCAGACGUUUUAUUGAGUCUGAGUACUAUAUGGAACUAAGGGAUAGCUUAUUUUAUGCCAUACAACCAACUGAAGAUGUUGUGAAAAGAUUCUGUUAUGAUGUAGUGAGGCAACAGGCUUUUGCUAAAAAUGAAUUUGGGCAGCUUCAUAUCAGCCACUUAUACAAUCAAAAUAAGAAAACCCUCUCGGUUGAAAUAAUAUCUGGAGAAAAGUUACCGGCACUGGAUCGAAGUGGAAAAAGUGAUCCUUUUGUUCAAGUACACUUGCUCCCAGCGUUUGUUUUCCCGGAGGCAAAUGAGAAAAUACACAAAACAUCAACAAAAAAGCAAACACUUGAUCCAAUUUUCAACGAGACAAUCAAAUUGCAUGCCAAGCCUGAGCAACUUUCAAAAGAUGGUUCCAUACUUUUGCUGGCUAUUUUUGACCACGACACUUUUGGAAGCAAUGAUUUUGCCGGCCUCUGUGCCGUGCCUUGUACUUCAAUACCAAAAGAGGGGACAGAGCCGAAAAUUGAGCACCUUCACCUUUUUCACUACGAGAAAACAGAUGCUUUUAAAGAGCUGGAGCUGAGACAUACUGAUUCGAUGGCACAAGACUUUCUCAAGCACAUGAAGAAGUUUGAAUUUGAUGGGGAGACACAAGCUGGUCAUCCUUUCCAUAAACUGUUGCACUUUACUGAUAAAAAGUAAAAGUACUGAUAUUUUUAUGCUUUGAAGCCACUAUAUGUUGUAUCUUCUUUAAAUUAAAUUGUUUUCAUAUUAUAUCAAGUAGUUUAUAGUUGCAAAGAAAAAUUUUGAAAGCUA